AUGGCCCAGUUUACGGCCUUCCUCAUCGGCACCGUCGGAUAUGGCCGUGUCAUGGUGAACAUUUAUACGGUCGGUCUGUCUAUGCAGAUGACCAACAUUGCUGAUGUCUCGUACAGUCAGCGGCUGUUUAACUUUGGCAUGCUCCACCCGGCCAUGCUCGUCUUUGUGACGUUUCUUGAGGUGGCCAACCCAUUCGUGAUGAUCGUGACGGUGAUCAUUAUGGCAUCGCUUAUGCUCUUCAAAUCCGUCUUUCUUUUGGCGCUCUUCUUUGCGAGGAAGUACUCCAACAUCUUUUUCACCGUGUUUUGUAUCCUUCCCGACUUGUUCUUUACCUUUAUGGUCGGCCGGGCUGAGAUUGUGGACGACUUUGAAGUCGCGCAAUACAGGCCACAGUUUGAGAAGCCAUAUAUUCACCCUGUUAUCGAUGUCGCUGAGAACUAG